UUGCGCGUGUGCUCGAGAAAUUCACAAUGGGCGUCUACGUGCGCGUGUAACCUCUAAACUUCAAGUAGCUGUCAAAAUUCGAAUACUCCGAGCGAUUUUUAGCAGGUUUUCGGCGAAUCGCGACGACAAUCAUCGUUCGCGAAGAUGUCAGCGAUGUUAACCGCUGACUGGUUCCCACUGGGGCGUGAUAUAUAUUUCCGAAAAUUUGAGCUCUACCCGCUAUCCUUUCAGCAUGAAAUUUCCAACAAUAAUUGGGUCGUGGCAGCUCCUUACGGGGGUUCCAUUGCUGUCACAAGAAACCCCAAAAAGUUUGUCAAGGUCCAAGGAGCAACGAAGCCUGCAAUACUGCUGUACACGUCGUCGGGGAAAUUGACAGCCAAGCUGCAAUGGAGCAGCGGGCAGCUGAUAGCACUGGGCUGGUCUCAGCAGGAAGAACUGCUGUGUGUGCAAGAUGACGGCAAUGUCCUCAUAUAUGAUAUGUUUGGGACUUAUCAACAUACUUUCAGCAUGGGAGAUGCAGCCAAAGAUACAAAAGUUAUCGAUGCAAAGUUCUUUGCAACUUCAAACAGCACAGGGAUAGCUGUUUUAACAUCCACCAAUCGUAUUUAUCUAGUGAACAAUGUGUCCGACCCUAAAGUCCGGCCGAUUAUGGAUAUGCCUAGAUACGGCGGUCCAAUUGAUUGUUGGUGCAUGAUACACUGUGACAGGGAGACGCAGGUAAUUUUAUCAAACAGAGAAGGAAUAUUCGUGAUUCAUCAAUCUCAUCAAAAUGCAUUUCCAUUCACUAAUCUUUUCAACAAUAAGAUCAACAGCGUGCUGGCGAUAGCUGUGUCUGGCAACAAUCAACACAUCGCGCUUUAUGCCGACACUGGACAUUUGUACAUCGGCUCGAUAGACUUUCGUGAGAAGUACUGCGAAUGUUUCACAAACGUGAACGAAACGCUAACCAAUAUCGCGUGGUGUGGUACAGAAGCCGUGGUAUGCAGCUGGAGCACCACGAUAAUGGUGGUAGGGCGUACAGCCGAGACUAUAGUGUACAAUUACGACGGUCCAGUACACCUGGUGACAGAGAUCGACGGGGUGCGCGUGCUAUCGGCCUUCUCCCAUGAGAUGGUACAAAAAGUGCCGAACGUCGUGCAGAGGAUAUUCAGAAUAAACUCGACGGAUUCCGCCUCUUAUCUCCUAGAAGCUUCUAAGCAGUUUCAGAGGAAGAGCCACAAGGCUGACAGCUACAUCGACUUGGUGAAAGAUAAGUUGGACGCAGCGGUGAAAGCGUGUAUCGACGGGGCGAGCCACGAGUUCGAUUUUGAGACGCAGAAGCUUCUGAUGAGAGCUGCCAAAUUCGGGAAAGGAUUCAGCAAGUCGACGGAUGCGGAGUAUUACGUCCAAAUGUGCAGGACUUUGAGAGUCCUGAAUGCGGUGAGGCACCCCGCUGUAGGAAUCCCACUGACGUACACGCAAUACAACGUUCUGACAAACCAAGUGCUGUUAGACAGGCUAGUGGCGCGUAGACACUACUACUUAAGUAUACAGAUCGCACGGCAUCUGCAAUUGCCCGAGAUCGACGGAGAAAGUAGAAUAUUAGCUCAUUGGGCUUGUUUCAAGGUGAAGCAGACGCAGUUGGACAAGGAACAGCUGGCAGAGGAGAUAGCCGACAAGCUAGGGUACGCUCCCGGUGUUUCGUACAGCGAAAUCGCGAAAAGAGCAGCCGACUGCGGGCAAAAACAGCUGGCCAUUAAGCUGAUCGACUACGAGCCACGCGCGCAUCAACAAAUACCCCUGUUGAUGGCGCUCGGUGAGGAACGAGCCGCCCUACAUAAAGCUGUGGAGAGUGGCAAUACGGACUUGGUCUACACCGUCAUUCUUCGUCUUCGGGAAAGCACGACUCUUUGGGACUUCCAAAUGGCCAUAGCACAUUGUCCUCUGGCGAUGGCUCUGUACAUUAAGUAUUGCCAGAGUCACAAUAGAGAGACGCUGCGUGACAUUUACAAUCAGUACGACGACUUCCAUUCGCAAGCGGUGUGGUUCAUCACCGAGAGUUAUCAGCGAAAGAACACAAUGUCGAGGGACGCGCUGCUGCAAUCCGCGCAGGAAAAUUUCAAAUCGGCUCAUAGCGACACCAACGCGGCGCUGACGGAGGAGCAGAUCAAAUUAUUAAAAUAUCAGAGGUCUUUGGGAAAGACGUUGCACGAGUCGGUCGUGGGUAAACCCCUACACGAUACCGUGAAGCUAUUGUUACUGCGUAACGAGUUGAAACUAGCAGAUAAAUUACGAUCGGAGUACAAGAUACCGGAUCGAAGGUAUUGGUGGUUGAGAAUACAGUGUUUGGCGGAGGAAGGGUUGUGGAGUGAUUUGGAGAAAUUCUCCAAGAGCAAGAAGUCUCCCAUUGGCUAUGAGCCAUUUAUAGACGAAUGUUUGAAGUACAACGAAAAAUUGGAAGCGAGAAAGUACUUGACCAGGGUACAAGACGAUCUUAAAGUGAAGUACCUGGUAAAGUUGAACAUGUUGAACGAAGCGGCCCAAACGGCGUUCGAGCAAAAAGAUACCUCGGCUCUUACAUUUGUACUGGCGCAAUGCGGAUCCUCAGAUAGACAAUUGAUAGAUAAGAUCAAUUUAUUUCUAGCUAGUCUUAAAAAUUAAGAUUUUCUUAUUCGUCAAACAUUAAAAGCGAUAAAGAUAUAUGACGAAGAUAAAUAGAUAAAAUAAGUAAGAUAAAUAAUUCGCAUUUCGCAUAUAAAUAUUAAUAUAAUCCCUCAACAUUAAUGUUGAAUAUAAUCUGCAGCAAAAGAUAACUUUGUCAAUUCAGUAAACAUUGAAACGUGAAAACGCAACUUUCGUAAAGUCAAUGAAACGGUAAAUACUUUUUCUGAUAAAUGUAUAUCAGACUUCUUAAUCAAUAGCAAAUCGAUCUAGAUGUCCAUCGACCUGUCUAUGUGUGCUUGUCGUAAUCUGUACAAAGAUAUACAUGUAAAAUGUCGAUCGUAUAAAAUAGUGGUAACCAAGUCCUGCACAUCUGUAAUACUUUAGAUACGUGUGUGUACAGCAAUAUAUAUUAUAUAUUAAA